AUAAUAUGAUAUUGUAGAUAUAAUGACGGAAAGAAUAGAAAAUGAACCUCUGCUCCCUGAGGUUGAUAGGGAUGAAAAUGUGGAUUCAGUAAAUGCAUACUCCAGCAAGUACGGGAGUUUGGAUACCAGUCCUCCAAUUAGAAGUGAUUCUGAAGGGUCUGAAUAUGACUCCUCCUCUAUUGUCGAACCAAAGAGCAGUACAAAGAUUGAUAUUGUUAAAGGAGAGGUGGAAGAACAUCAUAAAAUCUCGAACUGUGAUACUAUUAUACAUUUACUCAAGGGUAAUAUUGGAACGGGUAUACUUGCUAUGCCUGAUGCAAUAAAGAAUAGUGGUCUUAUCCUUGGUAAUGUAGGUCUUGUCUUGAUGUCUGCAAUAUGCAUUCACUGCAUGCAUACCCUUGUUCAUUGCUCACAUGAGCUCUGUAGAAGAACCGGUUCAACAUCCCUGGGAUAUUCAGAUGUUGCAGAACAUUCCUUUUCUAGUUCAUCUAGUCCUAGGCUUCAGAGAUUAGCACCCUCAGCUCGGAAGUUUAUAAACACUGCUCUGUGUAUAACACAGCUAGGGUUCUGUUGUGUUUAUUUUGUGUUCGUAGCUCAGAACCUUCAGCAGGUAUUUAACCACUACUAUGGUCCUAUCAGCUAUCAGUGGUAUAUGCUGAUUAUUUUACUUCCAAUGCUGGGCUUAUCAUCUAUAAGGAACUUGAGAUAUUUAUCUCCUAUCUCUAUUAUAUUUCUCCAAGGCGCGGCGCUAGGGAUUAUCUUCUACUAUCUAAUCCAGGAUUUGUCCUACACUUGGGAAGUAAAGUAUGUUGCUUCUAUCGGUCAAAUACCUCUCUACUUUGGAACAGCGAUCUAUGCUUUCGAGGGUAUAGGAGUAGUUUUACCGUUAGAAAACCAGAUGAAAACUCCACGUGAUAUCAAGGGUUGGAACGGAGUGCUAAACACGUCCAUGAUUAUCGUCUCCUGUUUGUACAUCGCUGUAGGAUAUUUUGGAUACAUGAGGUACGGAGAGAAUGUCCAGGGCAGUAUAACACUAAAUCUUCCUGUUGGAGAAACUGCUGCUACGAUGGCUAAAGUGAUGAUGUCUGUAGCAAUAUUCUUCUCCUACGCUCUACAGUUCUAUGUUCCCGUGGACAUAAUUCUACCUACAAUAUUACAAAGGGUGCGAAUUGAGAAACAUCUAUUGGCUGAAUACAUGCUGCGCUAUUGCCUCGUCAUCUUCACAUUUGGUCUAGCCGCAGCUAUUCCUAAACUAGAUCUGUUCAUAUCUCUGGUCGGAGCUGUUUCUAGCUCAUCCUUGGCUCUCAUGGCUCCUCCGAUCCUUGACUCAGUUACAUUCUGGGAAUCGGAGAAAAUGACCAAAGGUCGACUGUUGAAGAACUGUGGAAUAUUCAUAAUUGGAUUUGUUGGAUUCUUAACGGGAACAUACGUUAGCUUACUGCAGAUAGUAAACUACUUCAGGGGGGUCUAGAGAAUACUUAAAAACGACAUACAGUACAUAAAUCAGUUAUGUACAGUCUUUACGUAUUUCAACUAUGAACAAAUCAUGGCUCAUCUUUGGAGAAAUUCAAGACAGUAUCAGAACAGUUAAACGUGCAUCAUUACAAGACAAUAAUAAAGGAAUCUGCCUUUUACAAUAAAUGGAAAUGUCCUAUGCAGAUAAAAAUAACUUUUAUGCAUUUCAUGAUUUCUUGAAAUUAUUAUUUCAUAUUUUUUUAUCAAUUUUAAAACUAAAUUUAUAUUUUAGAUAUAUACUCAUUUUUCAUGUUGUAAAUGUAUGUAUAUAUUCUUAAACUGAAACACGCUUAUCAUACUGCUUACAUCAUUUGCUUGCGCAUAAUCAUGAAAUUCACGAAACCGGAUCCAUCUGGAAUGAAACCGGAUCCAUCUGGAAUGAAACCGGAUACAUCUGGAAUGUUGUAAACCGGAUACAUCUGGAAUGUUGUAAAGCACAUUCAAUGAAAUAUUUAAUCAUCUCUAACUGAUUUUAAUAUGAAAAAAUUAUUUCAAAUGUGAAAUCAACGAAACUUGGACAGACCCCGAAACUUAUUAUUUCUAGCAACAAAUUUUUUUUACUUUUAUAUUCCAUCAAUUCCAUACUUAUGAGUUUUGACACAGAUGCGUAAGAAUGUUUUCUAAAUGUGAUGAACAAAAGAUUUCAAUAGUGUGUGUUAACUAUUUAUUAUUUAUUCUUUGGAUUUAUGUUUUAGUUGAAAAUUUUUUAAUUAUUUUUGUACUCCAUACAA